CAACUGGCAGAAUAUGCAGACUGGGAAAACACAGGAGAAGCUUCUGCAGGUGGUGGUGCACGAGGCAUCACAGCACUUGGCACUCCACACAGGGCAGCAGCUGCUGGCUUUACAUUGGGUGCACCUGCUGUGGACAGAGGAGAGAUGGCAACUCAGAUUGUGAAAAUCCAAUUACAAAAGCAGUGGGUUCCACCCGAGUAGUUGUUCCUCUUUCUGUACUUGGGAAGCAACAGAAAAAUGAGCAGAAAGGUAUGUGUCUUGUUGAUUUUCAUGGAGUUUGUCUUCCUUUUAAUAUUAAUAGUUCCAUCUGCAUUAAGGUCCUUUUUGCAUAUCCUGUUUCUCAAAAUUAGUUAAAACUGUUUCCAUGUAGGUGCUGUAGAGACAUACUUAGCAAAUAUAUUGGAAAAGUAACUUUGUUGGCAAUAACAUUGCAGAGUCUGUGAAUGCUGUAUUGGCUAGAGCAAUAAAUUUGGUUUACAAUAAAAAUAAUGCUUUUCUUCCACUUCCAGUAUUUUUUUGAAUUUUUUUUUAGAAAAUAAUUGUUACCUUGUGAUCCAGAAAAACAAUUUUAUUGCCUUGUGAUCAAAAAAUUAACUCCUUCAGUGAGUUAAAAAAUUCUGUCUAUGGUUAUGAGCUCAGAGUCCUAGAGGAAUCUUAGAAAAUGAAUACAUUAGUAUAAAUGAAAUUGUGUGUCUUGUACUUUACAUUUCAAGCCCUGCCAGUGAGAGAUGUUAUUCUUUCCGAAUUUUUAAGGGCGUUACUUUGUUACUGUGUGGCAAAUGGGCAGAAGACACUGCUCAAACACAAUUCAUUAUUCCUUUAAAUACAGUUCCUUACUCCAUUUUUAAAUAUGUCUAGAAAAAUGAACAAAAUAUGGGAUAUUUUUCCUUACUGACCUUUCCUAGAUACAGGAAUUUAAUUUGGAAUCAGGCUUUGUUGCUUUGACUGAGGAACACUUGAUUUAACCUAGUCAGAGAUUUGGAAAGUUUCUUGAUAGAUUGCAGGAAUUUUUUCUUUUUUAAAGAUUUUGAUACAGGUGGUUUAAUCAGGAAAAUGUUGCUUUUGCCCAAACAGUGCACACUGUUACUGUCUCUUAGAGAUUAGUAACAAAGAGAAUAUUUACCUGCUUUAAUUCUGCAGUCUCUAACUUGCACACAAAAAGAACAGGUCCUGUAGCAUGAGAGUCCUUCUAAUACGCUGCAGUAACAGACUUUGCAGCCUCUGUUAGAGGAGAAGUUGGAAUGAUCUCAGGAGAGCAGAGAAAGCUAUUUUGGAAUUAUUUUCAUUUUUGUUGCUCUUCUAUACAAUUUUUCUGGGAUCUUCAGGUUUUUUUUCCUUUUGCUGAUUUUGCACUUGUUGAAUAUUUUUCAAAAUACUCUUGUCUAAUGAGCAAUUCAGCCUACUUCAAAAGUUGGCUUUUGUUUAUAUGAAUACUUACUGUGUGAUGUGUUGUUCCUUUCAUGUUCCUGGGUCCCUAUGGAAACUGUUGGAUUUCCAUCAUAGAGCUCUUUGAAAAGAAUUCAGUGGUUUCUGUCUCCCAAGUUCAGUAAAAGCUGUCCUGUAUUAUCCCUUCAGAAAGCUGAGACAUGUAGAAGAGAUGAGAAACCAUCAUGCAGUCCUUUCUUAACUCUUUAAGUGUAUCUUGUUUUGAUACAAGUAAUUUUGCCACAUUCCUUCCCUGUGGUAAAAUGAAUAGAAGCAAAGACAAAUGUUCUGAGACAAAUGUUGCAUCAUGAAGGAAUUUGGUGUCAGUUAGCUGCAAUAACAGAAUGAAUUCUUGCGUUUUACUAGGUGGGAUGGGUAGAGCAGAUGCAUAGUGAUUUAUAUUCUGAACCUGUGUUCCACAACACACAGACGUGUACACACACAAACGCACAUGCUUGAUGCACCAGUCAAUGCACCCAUUUUGGCCCAGUUGUGGCCUGCUCUGUAGCCCUGGAGGAACAUGCUGCUCUCUUGUCAUGUCUGACAAGGUUCAGCAUGGUCAAAUAAAUAUAAGCAGGACUCUUCAAACUGAGGUAGAAGUGGCCUAUAUUUGUAUCAGGCACCAACUGGCACAACUUUUAAGAUGAGCUGGUUUAAGGCAGCAAGUUACUGGGUUCCUUUUUUAGCAAGGGAUAACAAACAUGCUAAAACUGUAACUUAAGUGUGUGUAAGUAACAUAAUGUCUCCAAGUUGCAUGCUGGUCUGAGUACAGGGAGCCAGGAUUUCCUUGAAACUUCUGGAUAGUUUCCAAAGUUGGUUCUUGACACAUCGGAUUUUUGAGAUGCUUAGAAUAAGGACUUUUGUGUGCUGUAUGUGUAAGGUACUCUACAACCAUGAAGGAAUUUAAUUAACACCUCUGCUAGACAAGAGGCAGUCAAGUUUAGGGAAAUACAAAAUUGUCAGGAGACUAUAUUUCUGAUAAUAUGUUUCAGUGUUUCGAAAUACUGAAAUAUGGAUGUUUUACUUGGAGCAAGUACAUUAAGUGACUGUUUGACACUGUCCCUUGGGAGCAGAGGUCUUUAGACUCUGGUUGGGUUGUUUCCAGCACUUCUAGCUGUAGAAUAGGCUGAUAGUCACAGUAUGUUCUCCCAUUGCUGUAGCUGUUUUGAUGUACUGCUUAUGUUUUCCAAGUUUCUGGAAAUUUCAGUUUAUUCUGAUGUCAUUGUUCCAUCUGUCCUUUCCAUGCCUUUUCCUAAAUGGAUAUAGGAAUGCAGCAAUCUCCUAACCAGACAUCAAGAACAGGAAAAUCAAGGAAAGCAAUAGAUGACUUCUCCCAAGGAGACUCAAUAAGAAGCUCUGAGAAAGAGGGGAGCGAUGACAGUUGGCAUACCUCUGAGGAAGAGGAACUUGAUUUUACCCCCAAGAAGCUGCAGAAGCCAAACCUGACACUGUUAAUGAAUGCUUCACAGCAGUUCAGGAAAAACAAUGAUGGUGGUGGUUCUAGAAUUGAAAGUCCUGAGUCACCAAAGAAAAGUCUCAAACAAAGAAUGCCAUCAGGUGCAAAUGUGAACAAAGGGGACAGUGAAGAAUUGUUUAAUCAAGAUGUCUCAGCUGCAAGCAACCUGGAUGAAGAAGAAUUGGAGGAGGAAGAGGAGGAGGAAGAGGAAGAAAAUGACAAUGAAGAUGGUGAUGAAGAUUAUGAGGAGGAAGAGGAGGAGGAGGAGGAGGAUGAUGGUGAAGAUUUUACUGAAGAUGAAAAGGAGGAGGAGGAACUGAAGGAUGAAGAAACUCAGUCUAAUGAAAUACUGGAGGAGGAGAAAACAGAACCUAAAGGGGAAAUUAAUCAGAAAUUAGAGUAUUUCAGUAAAGCAAAGUAUGAAGGGGAUGCUCAAUGUGGAAUGGGAAAUGUCUGUGAUGAUGAUGAAAUAAAUAAAGAACAUGAUGAAAAGGUGGAAGAAUCUGUUGAUACUCCUGUGUCUUUCAUAGCUGGGUCUUGUGAAAGGAUUCAAGAAAAUAAAACAGCAGUGUCUCCAAAGAUCAUGAAUAAUGAAGUAUCUUGCAAGUCAGUACCAAAACAAGCUGUCUUUCAAAAUCUAAAUAAUCUGCAAGGUACACAAGAAAGCUGGAACAGAAAAGGUGUGAUUGAGGAGAAAUUUCAGAGAAGUGCUGACUCCUGUUUUCCAAACUCUGAAGUGACAGACUGGAAAAAAGAGAUACCUCAGCCUCUCUUAGAUAGUUGUGGUGUUAAGGAGAAAAGGUCAAACUUCAGUGAUGGCUUUGAAAGUGGCAAUAAUUCUUGGUUAGCAGAAAAAACCCUGGGACCUGAAAGUGAAAGACCAACUUCUGUCCUGCUUGAACAUGUGGAUGGUGAAGAUACUGAAGAAGAGGAAUAUGAAGGAGUAGAUGAUAAAGUCUAUAAACCACUGAAAAAAGAAAGUGAAAACUCGCACUUAAAUAAGCAAGAAGAAAAUUUGAGAGCAGCAUUUCAUUCAAGUAGCGAAGAAGAAUCAUCUGAACAUGAAGAGAAGGAGGGUGCUGGCAAAAAGCUAAAAAUUGCAGUUGCUGAGGAUGUGAAAAACUCUCUUUGUAAUGAUAGGCAUGAAGUCCACAAAGCUUCAAAGGACAACUGUGAUGCCCUCCCAACAGUGGGAACAGAGCAAGAGGAAGAUGCUGAAUCUCCCUGGGAUUCUGAGGUUACACAGGCAGAUUCUGAAAUGCCAAGCAAAAUACCAUGUGGUGUGCUGCUCCCAGCUGCAGAGAGACAUGGAACAUGCUCCCAGUUUGUUUCAGGGGAAAGUGACAAUGGCUUUUUGGAGAAACCCAACAAUUCACAGCUGAAGACUCCCAUAUCUGCUUUGGAAAUGAAUGAAACUUCUCCUGAAAACAGGCAGCAGAAAUCAGAUCUGUUGCAGGAAUUUGAUUUAGAAGAUGUUGAGGAUAUUGAAGGUGAGUACUCAGGAUCUACUUUUCAUAUGUCAUCAGCAGCUGAAAAAGAAGAUAAGGAUGCCAUUGAAAACUGUGGAGUGUGGGAUAAAUUUAUUUUACAAACUACCAACCUGAUAGAAAAAACAGCACAUGGAAAUCAGACCGACAAAGCAGAAGUUUCACAUCAGAAAGCCCUAACAAAAAAUGAGGAAUCGCACAGUGCUGACAAAGAGUUAAAUCGAAAACCUUGGGAAGAAAGAUAUGAAAGAAUGUGGGUUGAAAAUGAGAAAAGGGAAUUGAAAACAAAUUUCAAAAACAUUACAGCAGAGCUGAAGCAGUUGUUUGGUGAAAAUGAAGCUGGGGAAACUGCUUCACUCAUGGAAGAAAUACCAGAAGAUGGCUUUGGUGAAGAAUUGAAGAGUUCUCACAUUUUUUCAUCUCCUGUGACCGAAUCAAGUAAUAAUUUAGAAAGACAAGGUGAAUUUGGGGAUAUUAAACUUGCACUAGGUGGAAAAAUACCCCAAAUGGAAAUUGUAUUUCCAAGUCAUGGUGUUCUGGUUGAUCAAAAUAGCUUAAAGACAAAUGGAGAAGAUACCUGGAAUACAAAUGAAGAAUCUGACAUUAACAAUGUAGAUAACAGAAAGGUGUCUCUAGCUAAAGGAGAGAAAAAGAAAAUGCCUACUAUGGAAACAGAAGAGAAUGAUAAUGGAAAUAGUAGAAAUGCAGAGGAAGGGCUUGCUUACUCCCUGAGACAUAGCUUAAAAUCAAGUAUUUUGGGUGACAUUUCUAAUACUCUUCCUCAAAUAAGACCUGUUUGUACAAGUGAUGAAAGUGUACCUUCUGUAACAGAAAUGAAACUUAAAAUGUACUCUGGAUUUAAUGAUGAUGUUCCCAAGGACUGCUGUAUCAACAGUAAUAUAGGAGAAACUGAAAGUCUUUUCAUUAGUGCUCAGGAAUCGUGUGACAUGCUGAAAAGAAAUCUUGAUGAAGAGCUAAAACGAGAUAUAGAAAGAUUUAAGAGUAAGGUAGGAUUGCUGCAAACAGUAUUCCUGGCUUUGGAGAAAGAGAAGGUACAGCUGCAAAAAGAGGUUGAGAAGGAAAAAAACAAAGAAAGAUGUUUCAAUAUGCAGACAGUAGCAAAAGAGGAAAAUGUUGAUAAAUUAAAUACACCACCAGGCAACAUUACUAAUCAGCAAACGAAAGAAAAGCUUUCACUAAGGAAGAAUGACUCUUUGAAAAUGCAGGAUGAAAACACUACAGAAGAGAAAGUCAAGAAUUUUUCACCUGAGGAGAGUGAAUUUGCCCUGAAUCAUGAUGUUGCAAAGAGCAAUAAAGGACAGACUUCAAAGCAGAAGGCUAAUCAGCAGAUGAACUCUUCCAGUGGGAAGAAUUUUCGAGUACCAGAUGAUAGCACUUCCAGUGAAACAUCUCAAGAGGAAGGAAGACCUGCAGCAAAAACAGCGAGUGAAAAGAACAAGGUCAGCAUACAAAUGGAUGUAACUGAUGACCUCGAUUUAACUCACUCAUCUGACACAACAUCAGAGGACGUCAAAUUACCAACAUCUACCUACAAAGAGGCUGUGUUGCUCUUAGAACAGCUUACUGUGGAUCAUACAGGUUCUGCUAUUUUACUGAAAAUUCAAAACAUACUUCUUAAAUAUGAACAAAUAAUAGAGCAUGAAAAAAAUCGGUAUGCAGCCGUCUGGAGAGAAGUAAGAAAAUUGCAAAGUGAAAAGGAGGAAUCAAAAUUAAUAGCAGAAGAGACUCAAGAUUUGAAAUCCAUAUUGGCUCAUCAAGAAGUGGAAUGGAAAAGUGAUAUCCAAAGCCUUAAGUUUACUUUGAAGCAAGAAGAAGAAAAGAGGCUCAGAGUAGAAACACUAUAUGAGAAAACAAAAGAAAAACUCAGAAGGAAAGAAGAGCAAUAUUGUAAAGAGAUGGAGGAGAAACAGCAACUUGAGUUACAAUCAAGGAAUUUAGAAAUGGAGUUAGUAACAUUGAGAAAGCUCUUCAAACAGGUUGAAGAUGAGCGUGAUGAAACACAGAGACAGCUCUCUCAGGAAAAGAGUGCCAGAGCCCUGCAAGAAGGCAUUUUGAACAACCACCUUUGGAGACAAAAGGAACUAGAAGAAGAGACAAGAAGAACUAUAGCAAAAAGUUCAGAUGAGUCCGACACUGAGAGAGAAAAGGAUCUGUUGUACAAAAAUCAGUUACUGCAAGAUGAGAUUGCCGUGCUAAGACUAGAACUUGAUCAAAUAAGACUUAGGCACCAGGAGGAAGAAGGAAAAUAUUUAGAGGAAAAUGAGACCUUGAAAGAAAAAAAUGAAGAUCUCCAAAAAGAACUUAAGCUGAAUGAGGAAGCCUUAACACAAACAGUUUUUCAGUACAAUGGACAACUGAACUUACUAAAGGCAGAAUCUGCAAUGCUAACUUCCAAACUUGAGCAGACAAAAGAAAGCAAAGACAGACUAGAGACAGAAAUUGAAUCAUUUCGUUCCCGCUUGAACACUACUGUUCAAGAACUUGAGCGUCACCAGUCAUCAAGAAGUGAUGUUGAACGAACGUUUCAGAGGGAACGCGAUGAAUGGCUUCGCCUGCAAGACAAGCUCCAUCAUGACCUCUCCGAUGUGCAAGAAGCCAACAAGAGCUUGUCCCAGCAGCUGAGUAAAGCUGAAAGCAAAGCUAAUAGUCUAGAAAAUGAGCUGCACCAGUUAAGACAAACACUCAGAGAGAAAACAUUGCUUUUAGAAAUGACACAAAAAGAAUUAAGUCAAACCCAGGGUCAGGCAAAGGAAUAUGAUCAUGCUCGACAGCUUGAGAAAGAACAAGUAAACAAACUUAUAAUAAAGCAGGAAUCCAUGCAGGAGCGAUUGGCCCAGCUCCAGAGUGAAAACGUUUUGCUCCGUCAGCAACUGGAAGAUCUGCAGAACAGGGGGAUCAUCAAAGAAAAAGUAGUUAAUGAUGUGCAAGAUCGGUUUAAUGAUAUUUUCAACAAACUCAGAGCUGAUACUGAAAAGCAAGUUUACCUAGUGGAAGAGAGAAACAAGGAAUUAAAUGCCAAGUGUAUUGAUUUAAGAGAACAAGUCUUCAAAUAUGAGACUGACAAAAUAGAGAGAGAGGGCAUGAUCAGACAGCUGCAGCAGGAGCUUGCUGAUGCUCUUAAAAAGCAAUCUAUGUCAGAAGCUUCACUUGAAGUUACUACGCGCUACCGCAGUGACCUGGAGGAGGACAAGCUGCACUUGCAAAAGGAGUUGGAAAAGGCUAAAACCAAGUUGCGGGAGGUGGAAGAAAAGUAUCUUCAGUCUGAACAUUGUGUUCGUGACUUGAAGACUGCCUUGGAUGGUAAGGAAAGAGAAGCAACAGCUUCUGCCCAGAAACUGCAGGACCAGCUGUUGGCAUCUUCUGAGACUAACACUACUAUAAAACAACUGGAAGAACACGUGCAACACCUUGAAAUUGAAAACACGAAAUUGGAAGCCACUGUCCAGCAACAAAGCAAUAGGAUUGAAGCCCUGCAAAGAGACCUGCAAGCCUCUGCCUCGGUUCAUAACCGCCUGGAAGACUUGAUAAUGAGCUUACAGACAGCACAGGCAGCUGCAGAGGACCACCACAAGCAGGUGCAAAAGCAGAAUGUGCUGGCUCUGACAUCAAAGGACUUGCAGAGCAUGUGGGAAGAGCAGUUUAAGUCAAGAUCAAACCUUGAAGAGCGUGUUGCUCAACUUGACAGGGAAAAGGCAGACCUCUUUGAACAGUGUGAGAGUGAAAGAAAGAAAGUGAAGAAACUGAUAGAGUUAAAACGCCCAGUUGAACUCCGUCUGGACCAAGAAAUGAGACGAAACUUAGAAUUGCAGAAAGACUUGAAGAGGUUGAAGAGACUUCUCAGUAGAGCUACAAAGAAAAUAAAGGUGUAUGAGGAGAGAGAAAUGGAGUCACAGCUUAAUUUGAAGGGAGAAAUGAAGAGCAGAUAUUCUGAAAUGGUCAGUGAAGUUGAUAGAUUGAGAACAAAGGUUGCUGAACUUUCCCAGCAGCUGGACAUGGAGUCUAAAAAAAGCAUGCAGCUAGAAGCCCAAAACCGGGAAUUGCGGGAAGAGCUAUCUACCCUGCAUGGGAACUGUGAAAAACUGGAGAAGAGCAAAUGCCAGCUGAAAGAAGAAGUGGCAAAACUCCAACAUCACUUGGAGACUAACAUGGUGGAUCACAGCCAAAUAGAACAGUAUAAAAGAGAGGUUGAUGAACGAGCAGGCCAAGAAAUAAGACAAAAACUACAAGAAGUCAAUCUGUUUUUGCAAGCACAGGCAGCCUCCCAGGACAGACUAGAACACAUCAGAGCAAGUCAUCAUGCUUCUCUGAGAAGCCAGCUAAAAGACAGAAUUAGAGAUCUUGAAUGUGAAUUGGACAAGAUCAAAAAUACUCAACAAGACAGUACUUUUCCAAAAGAAUGUGUACAGGCAGAAGUGGAAAAGUACAAGGAGCUGUAUCUGGAGGAAGUGAAAACUAGACGAUGCCUAGCAAAGAAACUGGAAAGAGCUAAUGAGAGACUUGAAGAAGCCAAUGCUAAGCUCCUCCGGGAGCGCCAUAAAAGCAAAUCAUUAAUCACAAGCAGCAUUGUCAGCGGAGGUCUGGCUGCAUCUCCAGUUCUGUAUUCAACUGCACUGGGACAUCUUGGCAACAAUUUGGGACUGAGCAGAAGUCUCAGUCUAGGAGGAAGCUUCCUCACCCCAGCUGAGAACACAUUAUCCCCGAGAAACAGAGUUGCAGCCUUUGUGGCCAAGGUACGACAGGAACUGGAUGAAAAAAUCACUAAGGAACUGAAAGAAGCCACUGCUGAACUUGAAACUGGAUGUGCUGGAUCUUCCAAAAACCUUCAUGUGGACCAGGAUCCCCUUUGCAGAGCAAUAGAGGAGUACCGUGAUGUUUUAACCAAAAAUUACAUGAUUUGAAUGAAAUGCUAUGGAAAGGCUCUGAACCCUUUUUGCUUUUAUAGAAAGCACAUCUAUGGUUUCCCUUCUCCCCAGUUCAGAUGUGAAAACUUGUUCAUUGCAGUCUGAAUAUAAACUCCAUUAAAUGGAUGUCAAGCACAGUGCACCCAUCUGUUGGUUUUUUUCUGCAUAGCUGGUUUCUUUUGCACUCACAAUAAGAACCACAUCCAUUUUUUCUGUCCAGGAGAUUGACUGAUCUGGAUUCUUGAGCUUGACACAACUGUCAGAAAUGUUUUCUCUUACAGUAGCUUCAUUAUGUUGCAUUAUUCGUGUUCUGUGUUUUAGCAAAAGCAUUCCCUUUGCUCUGUUUAAUCCUUUCCCUCAAUGUGUUUGUAAGUUCUCCAGUGUUAUUUCAGUGCUUAGGACAUCAUCUGAUGUUCUUUGAGCCCAGUGCUUCAAUCCUGAUGCGGUACUAAGUUCUGCUAAUUAACUUAGAGUGAAAGAAUGAGAGGCUCUACUUCCAGCUGGAGAAAAGGGCACUUUACAUUGUUGUCACUUUAUGCAACAUAAGUUUAAAAUGACUGUGUGUAGUAGUGCCAAGACUUGUUUUAUGGUCUUUUUUGGUAUUUUUAUUUUGUAUCACGGAAUGAGUGAGGUUGGAAGGGACCUCUGGAGGCUAUUUUUUCUAGCCCUCCUGCUCCAGGAGCACCACCUUUAGCUAGCUUCCCAGAUCUGUGUUGGUUUUUUAAUUACUGAAAAAAUGGAGGCUCCAAAGCCUCUAUAGGCAACCUGCCUCAUGAUCAGUCACUGUCACAGUACAUUUGAAUAUCAUGAGGGAUAUUCAAACUCAGUACCUCUCAUGGUAUUAGUGUUGAUUUCUGUAUUAAAAAUUGCUGCAGCUUCAGACUUUUGCAGCUCUUCCUUGAACACUUAUGGUACACCUGAAAACACUUUCCGUGGGAGGGGUAGAAAAGGAGCAUUAAUAUUAUCAACACUCCUCAGUACUCUCCAGAACUUUUGUGAUAGGAUACCCAAUCUUUUUGUUGCUGCUAGCAGCUGAUGAUAUGGUGUCUGUAGCCCAGAUGUGGUGGAAAAUUGAUAGCAACUAUAUAAGCAAUUUUACUUAUUUCAGGGAGUUACUGGCUUUUAAUUAAGAUGUGUGUUGUCAUUUCCCAUCUGCAAAAGUCACCAGCAGAGUAUAGAACAAAGUCCCAGUUCUGGAAAAGUAAGAAUAAUUGUACUGAGAUGAAUCAAUACUGAAAGAAUUUUAGGGUUUUACCCACUAUUUUAAGGACUUGAGUAAACAGAUAGUGAGAAAAGCAUUAAAUGCUGCUGUAACACCCUUCCUUUUUAUAUGAAUACAUUUUUGUGAAGCUAUUACACUGUAUUUAAUUGAACUUGAUAUUUAAUAAACUUUGCAGUCUAGAA